UGUCUGUCUGUGGAUGGAGCUGAGCUCCCAAAGCGCUCUGGAAGUUUCAGCCUAAAGCCUUGGUUUAGCCUAAGACUAAACACCUUGUUCCUAUCAAACUCCAGUUUGAGGAUUUAUUUUUUGAUGCUAGAUAGAGUAGUGACAUGAGCCAAGUUUGAGCUAUGAAUCAACCAAGCUGUUGAGAGAUAAAAGUUGGGGUUUUUUUUGGUUUUUUAAAGACUAAUCCUGUAAGUCCCUAUUUGUGACAUUUAAACUUUAUAUAGAAUACAAAAAUUAUGACAUGCUUCAGUCAGAUGCUGCUUAUUGUACUCAAAUCCUUUUGGUUGGUGGGUUUGAGGUAGUCUGGUCAUGAAGAAGUGAAGUGGAAAUUGUUAAGCAGGUGAUUCUCAGCAAAGGGAGCUUUAGUGAAAUCACUUUUGUUUAGAAUUUUAUAUACCUUUAUAUCCUUGCCUGUAACAAGUCUAGGGGAAAGAAAUUUUAAUUCAAGAUUAGCAACAUGGCUUGCAAUGAAUGUGUGGCCCAAGUCUGAGUUUUUAAAAUGUGAUUUUGCAGUAAUUAGUGGAAAAGCUGCCCUGUGACUAAUUGUGCAGUGUAGGACACCUGCACAUUCCUGCACGUUCAGGAUUGUGAUGCUGUGAUGGGUAGCAGGCCUAGGAGACCUCUGCAAACAGCAAUCUCUUCAUUCAUGAGCCAAGCUCUGCUUUGUUUUGCGUUCCAAACCCAUCAAAUGCCAGGUUCAGAGCGUGCACAGGGACACAGGGCAGAGACAGAGGCUGGGUCCCACUGGCCAUGGGGGGAUCCUGGUGCCAAAGACACUUCCAGCUGACUCUCAGUAUCUCUCCAGGCAGCUCCAGGCCAGGCCUCCUUCCUGUGCUGCUCUGUGCCAUGCCCAGAUACGAAGGGCACAGUUAUUAUCUCCCAGCUACAUUAGGCAGCUGCAGAGUGGAGUUGGCAGGAAUUGCCUUUCGGCCUGGCCAGACGGUGUUUGGUGACACAGCAGAAAGGGGAAGUUGGCAAACAGCUGUUGGAGCAAUCUCCUGCUCACAAACAGCUGGUUGCUCCUUCCCCUCCUGGCUGCCCUGGAGAGGUGUUUGAGAGGAGCUGUGGGUUUCUCACAGUCCUCGUGGGAGGGCAGAAGUGACAGGUACAGAAGUCACCUCCUGCAGCCUGGAAUUGUCCUGGAAGAGCACCUGGGAAGUCCAAGAAGGGAGCAUGGACCAGCCCAGUGGAAGGAGUUUCAUGCAAGUUCUGUGUGAGAAAUACAGCCCUGAGAACUUCCCCUACCGCCGUGGGCCCGGCAUGGGGGUGCAUGUCCCAGCCACUCCACAGGGCUCACCCAUGAAAGACCGCCUGAACCUGCCCAGUGUGCUGGUGCUCAACAGCUGUGGCAUCACCUGUGCCGGGGACGAGAACGAGAUCGCCGCCUUCUGCGCCCACGUCUUUGAGCUCGACCUCUCUGACAACAAACUGGAAGACUGGCACGAGGUCAGUAAAAUUGUGUCCAACGUCCCCCACCUGGAGUUUCUAAACCUGAGUUCCAACCCUCUCAGUUUGUCCGUUUUAGAGAGAAGUUGCGCUGGGUCUUUCGCUGGCGUCCGCAAACUUGUGCUCAACAACAGCAAAGCUUCCUGGGAAACAGUGCACACCAUCCUGCAGGAAUUACCUGACUUGGAGGAACUCUUCCUGUGCCUUAAUGACUACGAAACAGUGUCUUGUUCUCCAGUUUGCUGUCAGUCUCUCAAGCUACUCCACAUAACUGACAAUAAUCUUCAAGACUGGACUGAAAUUCGAAAGUUGGGAAUUAUGUUUCCAUCACUGGACACACUUAUCCUGGCUAACAACAACCUCACCACCAUUGAAGAGUCAGAAGAUUCCCUGGCAAGGCUUUUCCCCAACCUAAGAUCCAUCAACUUGCACAAGUCAGGUCUGCAUUGCUGGGAAGACAUUGACAAGUUAAAUUCUUUCCCGAAGCUCGAGGAAGUGAAAUUGCUGGGAAUUCCUCUGCUGCAGUCUUACACCACCGAGGAACGCAGGAAGCUGCUAAUAGCCAGGUUGCCAUCCAUCACCAAGCUCAACGGCAGCAUCGUGGCCGACGGCGAGCGGGAGGACUCGGAGCGCUUCUUCAUCCGCUAUUACAUGGAGUUCCCCGAGGAGGAGGUCCCCUUCAGGUAUCACGAGCUGGUCACCAAGUACGGGAAGCUGGAGCCCUUGGCGGUGGUGGAUCUGCGGCCUCAGAGCAGCGCCAAGGUGGAGGUUCACUUCCAGGACAAGGUGGAGGAGAUGUCCAUCCGCCUCGACCAGACUGUGGCAGAGCUGAAGAAGCACUUAAAAACUGUGGUGCAGCUGUCAACAAGCAACAUGCUGCUCUUCUACUUGGACCAGGAAGCUCCUUUUGGUCCCGAGGAGAUGAAAUACAGCUCGCGGGCGCUGCAUUCCUACGGCAUCCGGGAUGGGGAUAAAAUUUACGUGGAGCCCAGAAUGAAAUAGCCUUUUUGCCCACACCCACACGCCCCCACACACCCACACACAUGCAUUGAGGAGUUUUUUGCAAGGUUUUUAUUUCAGUUGGUUGGUUGAGGUUUGGUUGUGUUUCUGUAGCAGGUAAUUUCUUAGCGCGGAGGAAGUGCCCUGAUCUGAGAACCAUGCCCACCAUCCACUGCAGGUGACCUUGAGGUGACAAUUGACUUCAGGACGUGUGUUUCAGUGUGGGCAAUACCUUGAUGUUUCCUUUGAUGCUCCGGUAUACUCGUGAUUUGGCAUGAAUGGUCAGUUGUUCAAGCUAAACAAUGCCAGGGUCCAUAAGGGAGGAGACAGCUCGGUGCAGAAUUUGACCUGUUGUUUUCUUUUCCUGAAUUUUUUUGGUGUUUUGCUCCACCAGAUCUCCCUUUGGCCUAGCUAUCCAACUGUGGCUCGAGCUUGCUGUAGUAUUUUCUUGCAGCUUGGUGCUGUCUCAACCUUUUGUUGUGCUCGAGUUCACAGGAAAGAUCUCCAUCAGUAUUCUGCUUGAUUCAGAGCUCAGGUACUUUAGUGCAUCCACUUCACUCCACUGGUUUGCUUUCUGUGAGUGCACAACGUGGGGGAACGAAAAAGAACUUCCCAGAAAGAAACUUUCUUUUCAAAGUGCACGCUCUAUAUCCACCUGAUUUUGGGGGCAAAAAAGAGGUUUUGGCUGCUGUACCCAUCUCACAUGGUGCCUGCAGCCUGUGGGGAUAAAGGGUGUGUUGGAAAGUGAAUUUUGGGAGGUGGUGGAUGAGCGCUGCAUUGGAAGGGCUUUUAGAACAACAGGUCAACAAGGGGUUGAAGAGCAGCUUCCCCUGUUGUCCAUCCUGAUGCUGAAGAGAUCCUCCGUGCACUUCACCUUGUAUCAGUGGGUGCUGCAAGUGGAAUGGCUAAAAUUCCUCUCCUGGGAGAGAGGAAGAGUCAAGUUGAAGUUUGUGUUUGUUGCUGUUGCACCAGUUCAAACCUAGCACUUUGCCCGGGUCCCUGCGUAGGGUCCGAACUUGGAGGAUGUGUUGGCUCGGCUCAGCCUCUGGAAAAGGAGGGACAAAGCAGCUGGACUCAGCUUGGGAGUUCAGCAGGUUUCAAACAAAGCAGCUGGACCACCUUGAGAGUUCAGCAGGUUUCACUGGAAGCAGCUGGACUCAGCUUGGGAGUUCAGCAGGUUUCACUCAAAGAAAGCAGCUGGACUCAGCUUGAGAGUUCAGCAGGUUUCACUGGAAGCAGCUGGACUCACCUUGGAGUUCAGCAGGUUUCACUGGAAGCAGCUGGACUCACCUUGGAGUUCAGCAGGUUUCACUCUCUCUCUCUUGGCUUCCCCCACGCGCCCCUCGUAGGCAUCGCGUGCUGCUGCUUCACGUAGUCCCUGUUUUCUACUGCAGAGCAGAUUCCCCUGCCUGGUCAGUGAAAUCCUCCUUCCUUUUCCUCUCUCUUGUUUCGCUUUCCUGUGUCUUCCCCUCUCCAAGUUCAAGACUUUCCCCGUUUCCUGGUUACAAGCAGCUGCUCAGCAGUUUUUUGGAGCUGUGCAGCGAGGGCUCUAGUUACACAUGAACUCCUGACCUUCAUUUUGAAAUGCUCCCUUUAUCCCCACGUGCACUUUCUUUCCCAGGAUGCUUUUUCCCGCAUCACCGAGCUCCUUUGGUAUUCUUGGAGUUGUGUAUUUCUCUUCACAUUUUACCUGGAUUGUGGGGUGGGAUCAUUGGGGAGGGAACAAAGUAUUAUUAUCUCAUAGUCUUCAGGUUUAGGAUUUGGGGAUUGUUCAGAGGGGAUUAGUUCCUUAUCCAAAGCAAGGGUUAAAAUGGGAGGAUUUAAAACAAGUUACUAAUUUGUGCCUCAUCCCCCUGCCAAAAAUAGCAAUUUCUUGGCCCCAUUGAGACGAGCAGUAGGGAAGGGAGUGAGAUUUUCCACAGGUAGCAUAGAUUUCCCAUAGAUCUGUGGUACCUGUAAACUAAACAGCAGGGAGAUAGUGGCAGUAUAACAUAAAAUGAUGCUUUUAUAAGCUAGAGCUUUACUGAAGAUGUAUUUUCCAUUUGGGCAGUGAAAAUAAUUUGCUGCCUGAUAGCAGAACCCUUAAGCCAACACUUCUGUAUGAUAUAUACAUACCUACCAAUAGGAAAAGUUGUGGUUAAUAAGAUAUUUUGUUAUAAAGCAAAGUUUUAUGAAGAUAUGGUUGUUUAAUAUUAGAAGCCUAUUUCAGCCCUUGACCUCCAGUGUAAGUUAUCCCUGAGUGGCUGCAGAGUCUGAGGCAAGUGACCUGUGGGGAUGCAAAAGUGUCUCUGACCCAAUUCCCCAGAGCAGUAAUUGCCUCUGUGGGUGUAUUUAUGGCAUUGUACCUGCUGUUAGUGAGAUGCUGUAACUCCUGACCAACUUCCUCAGCACAAUUAAGAGUCUGGGUUUCAGAGAAGGGAAUAAACAAAGGCCAUUAAAGAGUGGAAUGGGAUGAUAAAGAAGGGCCAAGUAUGUGCUUUUAAGUUUGUUUGCCCACUAAAAAUUGGGCUGUCCACAGAGGGAUCAGUGCUGUCACCAGCUCAGAACUGGCAGUAAAUCCUGCUUUCAUUUGUGACAGACCUGGUGGCAACUGGAAGAUGGAAAAAGAGAACACAGAGGGUUAACAGGUGCUGGGGAUUUGGUGCUGACACCCAAACCUGCUCCCCUGGUCUGUUCAGGUGUGAAAUCACCACCCUGCCACUUCUCCAGGAGAAGGUUUUUCUCAAGGCAUUCACCUUGUGUGCAGAUAGUGGAGCAGUCGUGGGGUAGAAACCAAAAGUCUUGGUUGGCUUCCCAAGGAGAAGGACUCACCCCCAAAACCAGAGAGGGUUUGUGUGUGCAGAUGAUCAGCUGUGGGAAUGGGGACCAAACAGCACACAAGGAUGUGGCAAAAUACCCCAAACCACGGAACCUUGUGGGGAAGGGUCUUGUGUGUGUGCCACCCACCA